GGAUCCCGACGUGCCGGGGUACUGUAGCCAUUCACGGCCCCGCGCUCCCAGAGGUGCCCGGGCAUGAGCUGUGUUUUAAUUAUUCUUGUAAUUUUGACGGGGAAUUUUGGUGCUCUGUGGGGGAGGGAAAUUCUGCGCUGCCUCCAUUUGAGAACUGAAAUUUACAUCCCCUGAAGAGGCAGCCGUCAAGGAAAAGCCAAAAAAAUCUGUGUGUUGAUUAAUCAUUUAUUUUCCUCUGAGUCAAUAGAUGUGAAAUUCCACGGGCGCCCCUCAGGGCAGGCCCCUAACGUGUGGCCCACACUUGGCUCCAGGCAAGUCAGCUGUGAUGACGGUCUACUCAAAACGCACUCGUCAAGCCCAACACUACGUGCUGGGGCCAAGUCCCUGUCACACCGACAGUCUAUCUUUUGAAAGUAGCACAGCUUGCAGGUCGUGCCCACGUAUCCUCAUGAAUAGCUCCCAGGGCAGUAACAAGAGGGUCAAGGCACCCGACAUGGCACAAAAGUGUUUGUGUUUCCUCACAAAGAUCCUCCUUUCUUCAUGGAUUUGCUGCAUUGUCUAGACUUUCACCCUUUUAUCUUGGUUCAUUGUAGGCAGUGGUGCCUGAAAUCCUCUGGGUCUUUGGUGUGCCAACACACCAGCAACAGGAGGACCCUCCACUAAACGGGAGGAAUUUGUUCAUCCCUAAAGCGUUCGGCAGGUAGUGAUCAAUACUUUAUUGCCUGUUCUUUCAUGAUGAAGGCCAUGGAGGAUCAAGUAGUCCAGGAAGAGCAAGGAUACCAGGAUGAUGAGGAAUCCUUUUUUCAGGAUAUUGACCUGCUACAGAAGCAUGGAAUUAAUGUAGCAGAUAUUAAAAAACUGAAGUCAGUUGGGAUCUGCACGAUCAAAGGAAUCCAGAUGACCACAAGACGGGCUCUGUGCAACGUAAAAGGGCUGUCAGAGGCCAAAGUGGACAAGAUUAAAGAAGCUGCAAACAAACUUAUUGAACCAGGCUUCCUGACUGCCUUUGAGUACAGUGAAAAACGGAAGAUGGUAUUUCAUAUUACUACUGGCAGCCAGGAAUUUGAUAAACUUCUGGGUGGUGGGAUUGAAAGCAUGGCAAUCACUGAGGCCUUUGGAGAGUUCCGGACAGGCAAAACUCAGCUAUCUCACACCCUUUGUGUGACAGCUCAGCUUCCAGGACCAAAUGGCUACACGGGUGGAAAGAUUAUCUUCAUUGAUACUGAAAACACUUUCCGACCAGACCGCCUUCGUGACAUUGCUGAUCGCUUCAAUGUUGAUCACGAUGCAGUACUCGACAAUGUGCUGUAUGCACGUGCAUAUACUAGUGAACACCAGAUGGAAUUACUUGACUAUGUAGCAGCCAAGUUCCAUGAGGAAGCGGGUAUCUUCAAGCUAUUGAUCAUUGACUCCAUAAUGGCACUUUUCCGUGUGGAUUUCAGUGGUCGUGGAGAGUUGGCUGAACGACAACAAAAACUCGCUCAGAUGCUGUCAAGGCUCCAAAAAAUAUCAGAAGAAUAUAAUGUGGCUGUGUUUGUGACGAACCAGAUGACUGCUGAUCCAGGAGCAACUAUGACCUUUCAGGCGGACCCAAAAAAGCCCAUUGGGGGCCACAUCCUUGCUCAUGCUUCGACUACCAGGAUUAGUUUGAGGAAAGGGAGAGGGGAGCUGCGUAUUGCAAAGAUAUACGACAGCCCUGAGAUGCCUGAAAAUGAAGCCACAUUUGCAAUAACUGCUGGAGGGAUUGGGGAUGCCAAAGAAUAGGCAGAAAACCAAUGUAAAUUUAUAGCUGAAACCCACCUGAGCAGUUGGGAUAAAGAUUUGUGCAAGGUUACCAACUGCCUGACUGCAUUUUUAUCUUUUGGGAACCAUUUAAGGUAUUCUGGGAGAACAUUGGGAUGGACUCUGUACAGUUCAGCUUUAUUGAUCUGAAUAGAAUUUGGUUCAUUUAGAGUCUUCAUUUUUCACUUAAACUUUCAGCAGACAAAGAUUUAAGAAAUAAACUUGUUAAUUGUUCAAAAAAUCCUCUUCCUAUAUUUUUCAAAAAUCAAAUGUGUCUUCACAUGACAUUACUAUACUCUUUUUUAGUUUCUUUCAAAGACAGUGUCUAUGUGGUAGAAUAGUGUGAAAUGGAACAGAAUUGGAAUAAAGUCAGUUAUAAAACUGACAUAAAUAGAUGGAAAAGGCAGUGGCAUGAGCAACAGCCCAAGACCUUGAUGGAGUCUUAUGACCAGUAGAACAAUAAAUUACCUUAAAAAUAUGUUUUUAGGUGUUUUUGUCCACUAGAUAAUUUUUGUAUUUUUGUUUAGCCUUUUCUGCUUUUUGGAGAGAAUGUUUUAAAACUGUUCUUAUUAAAGUUAAAAAUAAAGAUUAUGAAUUGGAAGAGUACUCUGCUUAUAUCUGGGUGCUUUGAAUCAAACCUUACUCUCAAUUAUCU